CUCUCUAUCCUAAGCACCAGAACAGCUGCGGUCCGCCAAGCCUCUACCUGGACUGGCUGUUCCGGCGCUAAGGGUGUGAGCCCAGAGGGGGUUGAGGGGUCCGCCAUGAGGGACUACUCAGCCCCUGCGAGCCAAGGAGGCUCCUGUGUGGUCUGCUGCCAAGUUUGUGUCUUCUUCUUCACUGCGGUCCUCAUUGUCGCAGAGAGGACGGCGCUGAUCUACUGCUUUGUGUACUAUUUGUGGGUGGGUCACAACUACUGCUACGCCCAUUUGGCUGGCUUCACUGCACUAUUUCUGUUACCAGGUUGGGGUCCACAAUGGCUCAGCUACCUGUGGUACCUCUCAGAUGGACGAAUUCGCAGAAAGUCUCUCACCUGGACUCAUAUACUGCAUUUAGGUAUCUUCAAAAGGCUGUGGGAGUGCAUGCGUCUUCCAGACAUGGACGUGUACGGAGAGAUCAUGCAGCAAGCUGAUGUGUCUGCCUUACGCCUGUUUGAGGCUUUGGUGGUCACCCUCCCAGAAACACUGCUGCACACAUACGUGCUUAUUUGCACUGAUAUAGGCAUCAAAUCUCCAGCAUCAGUGUGUUUCGCUGUGUGUUUAUUAUCUUUGGCCUGGGCGUUGGUAUUGUACGCCAGAGCGUGUACCCUCAUCAGACCGGGACACCUGCAAAUGACCCCAGCUGCCAUCUUCUGUCGACUCCUGUGGAGGGUCAGCAUGUUGGGGUCCCGAUUUGGUGUUCUCAUGCUUUUUGCGCGGGUCUUUAAACAGUGGGUUCUUGGAGUUAUAGGUGUUCACUGGUUGGGGGCGACAUUUUGGAUGGUGUCCCAGCAGACUGACAUCAUACGUUCAACUAGUCGAUGGAGACUCUUCAAUCUGAUCCUUGGAGCCAUUCACAUCUUUUUUUUCCUUAACGUGAAAUACGGGCCAUCACGUCUCCGAAUGGCUGGCUUCUAUCUGGUAAUGUUUGUAGAGAACAUUAUUCUCCUGCUGGCCUCGUCCUGGUUGUUCAGCAUGGUGUCAUGGGAUACAGUGGCCAUUCCGGCCGCGGUUCUCUGCAGUUUUCUUAUUGGUGUGAUCUCGUUGGUGCUGUAUUACCGCUUCCUCCACCCCAAAUCCUUUGAGAUCUUUCAGAGUAUUCGCCGCAGAGGGAUCAGCGGUGCCUGCAUGGAGAGCGGCUCUAUCCUCUCGUUGGAGGAGAAAGUCACACCUACCUUCCAUCGCCAUGCGACUCUGUCUGGAGGUGGCACUCUCAUGGACCUCCCACCCCAGUGGGAGGGCUGGAGGCAUCAUCACUGGCUGUUGAUUCGUUUGGCUCUGAAAACAGGGGACGUGCCCAAGAUCUGGUCAUUAUACGGAGAAGGAGGUCUUGCUGGACUCAUGGGUCUGUGUGAAGAACUCCACUAUGGCAAUGAAGCUCGUCGUGUACCACAGGUUCGACGCAUUUCACCACAAGUUCCUCAUGUCCACCAACCCCCUCCUCAGCCACCUCCACCUCAAGUGACCCCAGCUCCACAGGAGAAAGAAGUGGCACCACCACCGAAGCCAGCUCCCACCAACGUCAUCGCCAGACCUGUGAGAAAAGCGCCGCCCACAAAGAUCCACGAUAUCCGACUGGUUCCAGAGAUCAUCCCGGUACACGAGGCCAUUCUUGAAGAAAUCACAGAAGAUUUCAGCGCCCCACACACAGAAGAUAAAGGUGAGGAAGAUUUCCAUAGUGCUAUUUACGGUUCACCUACCCUUUCAUCACCUGCCCAACCGGGAAGUCUUCACAACAUUGACAGCCACGCCGCCACCCUAACCGAGAAGUCUUCCUCCGCGGCAUCCUUGGACAUCAAAACUCCCGGCUGGUCACCCGAACGUCGCUCCCCGCUCUUGCUCAGCUCACCAGAUAAGAAAUCUGCCACACCGUUAGACCCUAACACUACUUCAUAUUUCAGUGUAGAUGCACCCUCUCCCUCUAGUGGGAGUUAUUUAGGUUGGGGGUCCGAGCUGUCACCAUUUUCCACCAACAGAAGCCCCUACCGCAUUAGGGAGGCUCGUUUCGUCACGUCUACCCCGCGUCCGGAAUCCCGAGCGGGGGCAGAUAGUCCGAGUCUGGCCCCGGUUGUGAUUAUCCCCGCUACGCCCGGUACGACGCCACGCGCGACCCCCGGUGGAACCCCUGGUUCCAUCACUCCAGCGGCCUCCACCCCCACUGCUUCCACUCCUGGUGCCGCUACCCCUGCUAGUGCCACAACACCAAGCACCCCGAUUGUCCCGCUUACCCCGGUCAUCUCCCAUGCCCGCAAACAGAUGGUUCAGUUUGUUGACAGCAGAGAGAGAGCAGUGUAAAGAGCAGGGGGUUUACAGCAUUCACUGUCCACAACAUUAAGGUACACUUGCAAAAUAUGUAUCAUGUAUGUCCGUAGUAUUUUCCUUCAUUGGUUCACUGGUGGAUCUUUUGUGUUGAAUCGUGAUCAAACAGGGGUGUGCAAGGUUUGGCUGGCGGUCAUCUACUGUUCUUUGAAUCUUUGACUACAAGUGACAGCGAUAGACAUCAAAUCCAUUUUGAACAUGGUUAGCAGCGAAUGAACAUUUUUGUUAUGUGCUUCCUCAAUCUAAAUUCAUUUAAGGCCAAGAGUUGAGUGGAACAACACUUCUUUAUUCAGUGUGCUUCUCAUCACAUGUGCCCACAACUCAUCACUUAUUUUCCUUUUUACUGUAAUACCACACCCACAGGGCUAUGGCAACAGCAGUGUGAAAUAAUCAUCCUCUGCCACCCUCCCACUUCAAAUGGAUUGGAUGUCUACUAGUGAUAAACAUUUGAUUUCACAUCGCAAAUGGCAGUGAAAGAGUUACUGUAAUCCAGCCCGCCUAGCAUUUACAGUGGGGCAAAUAAGUAUUUAGUCAACCACUAACUGUGCAAGUUC